AUGUUAUUAGCAAAACCCAGAUCUUGUUUACAUUGUGGAAAUGUUAAGAAUCUUGAAGAAUUCAGUUUUUAUAAAACUGAUUAUUUUAAGACAUACAAAAUUUGUCUUCAAAAACUUGAUUUACCUUCAGCAAAAGAUCAAAAUAAUGAAAAUAAAUUUUAUCAAAAUAAUGAGAAUGAUUUUUUUUUAAAUAAUAUAUUUGAAUUAGAUAAUUUAGAAGAGUUUAUUUCUACUAAGCUUGAAGCAUUUAAUAGGUUAAAUGGUUUAGUAAAGGAUUUAGAAAAAGAAAUUGCCAAUAGUAAUAAUUAUCAUUUACUAGCAGUUCAUCGAAAUAUUCAAAAAACUCUUAAGAUUGCAAAAGAUAUUAAAGAAUAUUGUAACUGUCUUUCCAAUAUUCAAACAUGA